AUGAAUGACGAUAUCAAUUAUAACAAUAAUUUGUUAAAGUUACCAUUUAUUUUGUUUAAGAAAAUAUUAUCAUAUUUAGAUGAUAAUAUCGAUAAGAUCGUAUUUUCAUUGGUGUCUAAAAAGUUAUAUGACAAUAGAAAUAGUUUUCUAUAUAUUCCUUUAAACAUUACCGAUAAGACAACAAGAUGUAUGAUAAAGAAUCUUAAAUUAAGAUCAUUUGUAAAUCAAAUAGAAUCAUAUGAUCAUCAAGAUGAUAGUUUUCACAAAAUAAAAACAAUAAUAGCUGUUCAUCAAGAGACUUUUUUUGGAUUUCCAAAAGUAUUCUCAAGUUAUAUUUUAAAAGAUAAACUAGAAAAAUUAAAGGAAUCUGAUAUCAGUGAUGAUAUCGAAGAGUUAUUCUUCACAUGUAACUUCUAUUCACUACUUAGGAUUCCGGCUAUCAAAAGGAUCAAGUCACUAAGUGUUUCAUUGACUGCACCAAUCAAUUAUGCUAUCCCAAACAAUAUCACAUCACUAUGUCUUGUUUUUUAUGAUAGUCCCGAAUCUUUUGGAGAGAAUGCAGCAUUACCAUCACAACUUGAAUCACUUACACUCUUUUCACACCGUAUGCACCGCUUUGAAAAAGGAUUCUUUCCUUUGACUCUCAAGAAGCUACGAUUAGUUGAUUCAGCACCAAAGUUUGAGUAUGGAGUGUUACCACAAGGUCUAAAGUCGUUAAUGAUCGAAUACACAUCAUACGACCAGCCUAUCGCCAAAGGUGUACUUCCGAGUUCAUUGAAAUCAAUAGGUUUGGGAUCAUACUCUAGAAAACUAGUUUUCUACAACCCAACAGAUAUCAAUGAUGAUAGAACUUCCACCGAUUUAGAAUACACCUAUAUUCCAAAUACCAUUAGAAUGUUGAUGAUUGGUUCACCACAAGACAGAGACAAGAAAACUCUUGAUUUAGAAUUGCCAAGCUCUCUGAAGAAGUUUGAACUUGGUAAAUCGUUCAACCAAAAACUUGGCAAGUUUGUUGUUCCCAACACUCUCACUAGACUGAGGCUAAUAAGAUCGGAUCAAUUAGAGCGGAUACCAGCGACUAUCGAUUUUCUAUGUUUAAAGUAUAUAAACUUGGAGAUCGCGAGUAUGGAAAACAUUGGAGAUGGCAGCUUCAUCAAAAUUGGUCUAGGUUUUAUUAAUAAUAUACUUGGUGGCCAAACAAAAGUUGGUUUCAAUUGGAUCGGACCAUCGAUAAACACAUUAAUGAUUCCACUUGAAAGUAAUCUUAAAAAAGACAUAGUAAUACUAGAAAUGAAUGACGAUAUCAAUAAUAACAAUAAUUUGUUAAAGUUACCAUUUAUUUUGUUUAAGAAAAUAUUAUCAUAUUUAGAUGAUAAUAUCGAUAAGAUCACAACAAGAUGUAUGAUAAAGAAUCUUAAAUUAAGAUCAUUUGUAAAUCAAAUAGAAUCAUAUGAUCAUCAAGAUGAUGCUUAUCACAAAAUAAAAACGAUCAUAUCAGUUAGUCAACAUGAUUUUGUUAUAGUUCCAAAAGUAUUCUCAAGUUAUAUUGGAAAUGAUAAAUUAGAACAAUUAAUGGAAUCUGAUAUCAGUGAUGAUAUCGAAGAGAUAAUCGUAGAAAAUCAAUUCAGUUCAAUACUUAAGAUUCCAGCUAUCAAUAGGAUCAAGUCAUUAAGUGUGUCUCUGAGUGAUGCAAUCAAUUACGCCAUCCCAAACAAUAUCACAUCUCUAUCUCUUUAUUUUUACAAUAGUGACGAAUCUUUUGGAGAGAAUACAGCAUUACCAUCACAACUUGAAUCACUUACAAUCUUUUCACGCCGCAUACCCAGGUUUAAAAAAGGAUUCUUUCCUUUGACUCUAAAGAAAUUGCGAUUGGCUAGUUCAGCACCAAAGUUUGAUAUUGGAGUGUUACCAGAAGGUCUAGAAUCUUUAAAGAUUGAAUACAAAACAUACAACCAACCUAUCGCCAGAGGUGUACUUCCGAGUUCAUUGAAAUCAAUAGGAUUAGAAUCAUACUCUGGAAGAUUAGUUUUCUACAACCCAACAGAAAUCAAUGAUGAUAGAACUUCCACCGAUUUAGAAGACACCUAUAUUUCAAAUACCAUUAGAAGGUUGAUGAUUGGUACAACAAUAAGCUACUACAAAACCCUCGAUUUAGAAUUGCCGUGCUCUCUGAAGAAGUUUGAACUCGGUACAUUCAAUCAAAAACUUGGCAAGUUUGUUGUUCCCAAUACUCUCACACAGCUAAAGUUAAUAAGAUCGGAUCAAUUAGAACGAAUACCGGCGACUAUCAAUUUUCUAUGUUUAAAGUAUAUAUACUUGGAGAUCACGAGUAUGGAAAUCAAAUCACAAAAGUCUGGUCUUGCAAAUUUGGCGAUAGGUUUUAUUAAUAAUAUACUUGGACAAGAUAAAGCUGGUUUCAAAUGGAUAGGACCAGCGAUAAAGACAUUAAAGAUCCCAUUUGCUGGUAUGACAAAAGGUUGA